AUGCUAUUCCUUCUGCACUACAUCGUGGCCUACACCCUAUUAUUUUUACAUGGUGCUGCAGCACUACCACAGGGAAUGACCCCAUCCAAAAUCUCGAGCGCAACUUCAGCUACACCCAUAGGAACGUCCGUUUUGGAGAAGGAAAGGACAUGUGACUUUGAUACGAUGAACGAGUUCUUCGACUACACCAAAAAUAACGGUCUAAAUAUUACCGUGGAGGUCCAGAACUGCCAGAAUCUAUGCCUGCUCACAUACGGGGUGGGAAACCCCGAUCUUUCUGGGAUCGGCAUGAUGUAUGCAUACAGCAUACAAACCGGACUCACUAUUCUCAUCGGUCCUGUUUUCCGUAUAAUCUACCUCACCCUGGCGCCAGCUAGCCACUUUAUCAGAGACCUUAGAGACAUCCAAUCGAAUUUCUUCUCCUCGAAUGGUUUCUUCGUCGGCUCCUCCGCUCUAGCUACGCUCGCAAACUUAUCACAGAACCCAUCCACCUUUGAGAUCGCCGAGAUGCAGGCGAUGGCGUUCCUACAAGUUAACAGCAUCCUUGUGACCUUCUUCUGCCUGGUUGUUGCGCAACCAAUUUCACGCUGGGCUGCGCGAGUGCUACUUUAUUUCAUAGUGUUUGUUCUCGUGGUGGUCGCCCUAGGCUUGAGCCACCUAGGCAACGACAGUAGGGCAAACUGGAGACUUGCCUCUGAUGGCUGCGCACACAGCUCAACAGACUAUAGCGUCAUAAACCCUAUCCCGUAUCCAUCAUGGACUGUCGCUAUUUUUACCGUCGCGGGUACUAUUGCGUUCUGGUUACAGUCCCUGAAGGAGAAAUUCCAAACAGACAAGUUACAGAAGUCGAUGUUUAGACUAUUGAUGCUGUUUUGGGUCAUGUUGAUUGGACUCUUGACCGCGGGCAUGGUGGUUGGCCUAACGAUGAUGUGGCGACAACGAAGGCAUCUGCGAAGUUUGGCGAGAGACCAAUUUGAGGAUGAUCAGUGGGGGUUCGGGCAGAUUGCUGCAUUGACAAUCUGGGCGCCGAUCCCGGUAGAAUUAAUCUAUAUUUUGAAUGAUUUGGCCCAACGGAAGUCCGAAAGAUGGAAUCGCUUGAAUCAGACCAUCAGCAUUUUCUUCUCUCCAAAAGCUUUGCAGGAAGACCGAGCUACGCCCAGUUCCAACCCGGAACACGAAAUAAAAGACCAGAGUGGAGAUGGAAGGGUGGUCGAUGUUACUAGUAGCUAA